UGCCUCUUGAUACGAUGUGGUAAUUCGUUCAUUCAUUUCUUUCUCUCCUAUACAACCUCGAUACCACUCAACGUCCUCCUCCUCCUCCUCCUCCUCCUCCUGCACCUCCUUGCGUUCCCUCAUCCCCCUCCGCCAAUAACCUCUUCUUCCUCCUCCCUUCACCUCAGCUGGCAGCGCCGAAAACACAGGUCUGACUUGGUAGGACCCUUCACAGCUGGGCCAGUCAGGCUGCCGCCAUCUCCAAGAUAGCAACGUUACCCACAUCGCGCUCGGGGAAUAGUAGUUCUCUCACAGAAAGUGCCAAGCAUGAAGGGGCUGAUCAUAGCAUUCGCUACCAUUGUGGCCGUAUCGCACGGUGCACCUACCAACACUUUCACGGCCAGGGAAUACGAAGCUCUCCAACAAGCUCUCGGCAACCGAAUUCCCGUCGGCAUCCAAAGCGCCAUCAGAAUCUUGGCAGCCGAGGAGACCAACCCCACCGACUUCGUCGUCCUCAACUUCGACGGACUCAGAGGAGGAGGACCCUCCCUCAGGUCAUCUGCGGCGGUUCUAGGCAGUGCACUCAGUGCUAGAACUGGUGCUGUAAGUGGUGAGGAUGUAGCAGAAACCUUUAGCGAAGUGGCAGGGGAUGCAGUUGAAGAUGUCAGGGACACAGCAGAAGCAGCAGUUCAAGAAGCUGAGGUUGAAGCUGUUAACAGGAUUCUGAAAACAGAUGACACUGUCGCAGAACCAGACGUCAAUGAGGAGGCACCUGUGACUGCUGACUCUACUGGAGCAACUCAAUCGGAAUCUGUUGUUACUGAAGACAAUACCAACACUGUAACUGACAACGCAGCUACAAGGACUAAUGCAGAAGGCAUUCAGGAAACUGCAGAAGACACUCCAGAGGCUGCAUCACCUGGAACAGAAGCAGCAGUUCCAACAACACCAACUGCAGUGGAAACUGAAACAUCAGCUGUUAGCCGCAGUGGUCUAGCUGCUGACGCCGCAGAAGAAGCUGCUCCCGCCGCAGCAGCAGCAGUUGCAGCGGCCGCAGCAGCGGAAGAAGAGGCGGCAAGCGCAGUCAGUCCUUCGCAGAUCGCUGCUCAACUCGAAUUAGCGAGAAGGAAGCGACAGAACGAACAGAACGACGUCAAUGAUGAGUACGCCACGACGCUGUCCUUCGCACUCCAGUUCCUGGGGUUAGAACUAGGCGGCAACGUGGGACGUUUCCUUGACGAUAUAUUCAACGCGAAUUUGAAAUUUAUCGAAAACAUGCAAGGCACGGGAGAACUCGUGCUAGACCAAGUGGAUGGCUACUUGGCAAGAAACAGAAAUAAUACGAAGAAAUCGUCUUAGCUAAUGCACAGUUCAGACAAGGUCAUGAAAAUUUCGCCGGCUCUUCAGGCAGUGCAUUCAAUGUGACCUGUCAAUUUUUGCAUUACCCUCAUAGAAACUUCCUCUCUCUGUAAAUAGGAAGUUAUCUUUCAACCAACAUUUUUGCAAUGAACUACAUAUUUUAAAAAAUGCAUUACUGAAAAAUGCCUGCCAAUCUUUAUGAAAGCUAUACCUAUACAUACUUCCCGAGACCAUAAUAAUAUCCAUAAACUGACCGAUAAUUCCCCCCCAAAACAGCCCUUAACGUCUAAGGAUUUUGCCUCCAGGACCAACCGUGCCCGAAACUGGUUGCCCUCGGAGCAACUCCUCCUGGCCAUCCUCCUAGUCAUAAUAAAUACAAGGCUCUCUUUCUUUUUCCUUUAUUAAAAUCCCCCGAAUCUUGGCGCAAAUUAGCCGUAUGUAAUGCGUAGCUUGAUGAAAAAUUGACAAAAUUUUGCAUUCCGCUCUUGUAAGAUCCUACCUUCCAAUUAUUAUUCUUGUUUGCUUCACUGUCUCACCUAUGUUACAUAAUGUCACUUCUCGUAAGAGUAUGGUUACAAUAGGCUUAUAAAAAUGUAAAAAGAGUUCAAUUAGAAAGCAUGAAAGCCAAUAAUAUUCCUGUUAAAUUUCCCAUUUUGUGAUAAAGGCAUUAUGACGCAAAAGACAAAUUAAAUGUAGCUGUCAAUGGAAUAAAAAAAAAAUGCCAGGAAAUUACACUCAGUUCGGUCACUAACUUAGUGUGAUUUCCAGGCGGUUUGACUUGAUCAAUUCAGCUGUUGCUAUGAACAUAUGGAAAUUGGUACUCCAUACAUAAACAUUCGGUUUACCUGAAGUUCUGCUGAUACUAAAAGCUUCUGUCAAAUUCUGCAACUGCUCAGGUCAAAAGUUUUCGCAACAGUUAAAAAUAAAUAAAUUCUAUUCGAAAACUUUGCUGCUGAUCCCAAUGGAAUGGAUUUGUUACUUGAAUAAACACUACCCUAGAGACUGCUGGAAAACAUCCUGUACAUACUGUAGCCAAAAGUUUUUCUCAGAUGACUAGCUAAAUUUCCGCAGUUGCUUGGGAUAGAUUUCUGAGGGAGUUGGAGUAUUACUGUAGUACCUUUCUUAAGUAAAACAAGAACUGACUACGUGAAGGACAAAUUAGUUCCCCAAAGAAAAACUAACCAAGUAACUGCUUCUCCAAUAUUUACCUGCUUAUAAACUACGUAUUUAUAUACAUAGGUAAAAACUGCAAACACGUAAAGAAGACAAAUCCAUUCCAUAAAAAACACGUCAUGCUGUGACUGCCACCCCCCCCCCUUUUUGUUUUUACUUUUGCCGGGUAUAAUUGUUUUGAACGUGCAGCCAGCACCCAAAAACCUAUUAUUAAUACAUCAGUAUCUAUGUUCUACCUGUCUUGCAUAUAAAGGUUGUUAGUGUUAUAAAUAUUUAGGUUAUAUGUUCAAUAAGAAAGGUACGUUAAGUUAUUAUUAUAAAAUGUGCAAAAACAAUACAUUGUAAGAGCUAUACAGAGUAUGGCAAUAAAGUAUAUUAUCA